CAGAACUGUUGUACAAGUGCAUUUGAGUUCGAGGCAUGAUACUCUUGACAACGUGGUUGGUGCAAAGUGACAGUAUCAAAUUCGUUCUUGACUCCUGUAUCUUUGUAAGACUCAACAGAAAGGAGGAACAUUAAAUAUUAAGCUCCAAUCAUGGUUUCCAAUGACUUUGAUUCGGAGCAGUUUGAACGCAGGCUCCAGUCUCUCAAAGACUCACAAGAAUCUAUUCAGAGUCUUUCAUCGUGGUGCCUUGAAAGGAGACAGCAUCACAAAAAAAUAGUCUCCACAUGGUUACAAGUUUUAAAAAAGGUCAAAGUAGAGCACAGGCUAACACUUUUCUACCUGGCAAACGACGUGAUCCAAUACUCCAAAAGGAAAAACUUUGAGUUCGUCGAGUCAUGGGGCACAACGCUGCAGCGAGCCACGACAAUGGUUCGCGACGAAAAAGUAAAACACCGCAUUCUAAGGAUUUUCAAAAUCUGGGAUCAGCGGCAGGUUUACGACGAGGAGUUCCUGGCCGACUUGUCCGGCCUCAUAUCGGCUGCCCCGAAAAAGAAAUCGGAACCCCAGCCCGUGCAGCAAUCCGAGGAGUUUCAAGCGGCCUUGCUCAUCUCGACGAUGAGAUCGUGUUCAACUCUGGAGCAGGCUACAGAUUCGAGAUUGAGGGAUCUGAGGGACACUAACUUCGAUUUUGAAAAUGCCGAGGAGUUGUGCGCGUCGCUCAAGGAUCGAAGGAGGGUUGAGGAUGCCGAAAAGGAAGUUGACGGUGCUGUGAGGAACAUCGAGAGCUACGUGCGGUCUCUCGAGGCGGAAAUCAGAGAGAGAAAGCAGGUUCUUGAUCUUCUUGAGCAAGCCGAUCAGUUUUACGAGACGCAACGGGGUGAAGUCAAAAUUGUCGUUAAUGCCUACAGAAAUUUUGGAAACAGAGUGAAAAAUUUGAAGAAAAAACUGGAUGAAUUGCUGCCAUUGCUAGCCUCGCCUAUCCCAUCGCCGGAUGUGAAUGCUCCAUCUCCGAGUCCCGACAGCGACAUAGAGCUCCCAGACGAGAAUCAAAUUAAUCAGUCGUCCCUAAUAAACGUGGCGCCCCCGACAAUGUACGGAUCUUACGGACACGAUUACAAUCCAGUUACUGCUUCUAUGAAUAACACGACAGCAGAUUUCACAAAUAAUUUCUCAUCAUUCAUGGGAAGCAACUUGGACUUUGACCCCAGGAGUAUAUUCAAUGAAAAUUCUGCGGCAUCCAACAACAGUCAGCAAUACGAUGCGAAUGAGAAAUCCAGUGAAAUAAUCGACGUUCUUCCCUCGAUGUCGGAAGCAAAUAACGACGAGCCGGUUUCCAAUUUCUUAAAGACAGUUCUACCAUCAUCGGACACGACGUCAGAUUCAUGCGGAAUACCCGGCUUGGGUCUGGACGGCACGGAUACCAUAUCUGAUGCCAUGUGCAAUGACUACAGACCAUCCAUAUUGGGUUCAAUUCCUACGACACCCUUGAUGAACAGAACGUCAAGCCUUAUGAAGACGCCAAUGACAAACAUGUCAAGUUUUGGUCAGAUAGGUCACAGCACGCCUUUGCCCAUUAGUAGAAACUUGAAUGGAGAGACGCACACACCCUCGCCUUAUUCAAGUGAAAAUAGUCAAAACACAGGCAAUCUGUUCGAGCCUCCGCCACUACUCAGCACUACAGUGAAUCCUCUACAACCGCCUCCCAUGCCACCACUCGAGUUUUUGGACGACAAUACUUGUUACAACAAGCUACCGCCCAAAUUCCCCACCUGGACUUUUGAUAGUGAACCUGCCAUACCAAAGGAAAUUGUUACUAGCAAGUGGGAAGAUAAAAAUCCUUAUGUUUAUCCCGUGGUUAAUGAUCCGAAUCCCAUUUGGCCUCCGAUAAACGACAAGUCAAAGAAUCAGUGGAAUGAAACGAGUAACGACCAGUGGGACGUGAGUAACGAGCCGUCCUGGGCGGAAAAUGUUAGGGUUAAAGAUGAACUCUCGGAAACUCCGGAAUCACCGCCUAUGUAUGAAAAAACGAGUUUCAAUGCACCUGUCGAGUACAAUGACUCUCAGUCGCAGGAGCCGAUUCUUAGCAGCGUUGGGGAUGUUGACCAUAGGGUUUUGCCUAUGGCGAUGACAAUGGAGAAGCAAUUACCUCAACGUCUCAUGAAAGGAUCUGAUGUUGAUCAUCGCAAUCUUAUUAGUCUCACAGGUAGUCCAGCGAACAAUAGUAACGAUUCGCCAUCACGCUCAUUACCAAAUAAUACCUUAUGGACGAACACAGAUCAGGAUUAUAGGAGGCCAAAUCUUCCACCUGGUGACAAUGUCGAAAGCGUGGACAUGGAAAUGUCGGAUGAGGAAAGUGAGAAUAAACAAAAAGGUAAUCGAGUAUUGGUAGAUGUAAGGUCGCAAGGUGACCGAGACAUGCGAGUGUCCAACAUGCCAGCUGCACCACUUCCAGGUGGGCCAUCGCAUCACCACGCAGUUGACAUGGACAUGCGCAUGAUGCCACCAAGCGGUCCUAUGAAUGCUAAUAUGGGUCCACCACAAAGAGGUGGAAACGCUGGUCCAGAAUUACGAGGGGUAGACACAAGGCCACCACCACCCCCACCACCGCCAGUGCCAACUUUUCACCAGGGACAACAAAAGUUCCAGCAAAAUCAAUCGGACUUUAGGCACAAUAAAUCCAUGGACUUUCGACCUAAUCAGUCGUUUCAAAAUCAGCAAGAAUUUAGGCCGAAUCAAAGUUAUCCACCAGCUCAGCCAAUGGAUUUUCCUCAAGGACCACAGGAUUUUGAUUUCUUUGAUAACCAGUUGGGGAGAGGUCCACCGAUGCAAAGAGGUAUUGUAGGUCGAGGAGGAGGAGGAGGAGGAGGAGGUGGUGGUGGUGGAGGAGGACCGAAUGGCCCAGGAGGCGGACUCAGACCACCGUGGAUGGAUCGAGGGAUGUCCCCUGCAGGACCAGGUCCCAGAGGAAUGCCAUCGAUGGGCGGCUUUCCACCGCCACUGAUGCCUAGCCCGCCUGUUCGCAACAUGAAAUCGAAUCGAGGCGGUGGAGGUGGUCAGUUUAGAGGUGCACCGAUUUUCCGUGGCGGUAGAGGUGGAAGAGGCAAUGGUGGCUGGUAAAUCAGCAGCAUUUGCGAGUACUACGUGACUCUGAUGAGGAAAAAAUAAUGUACAAAGUCGACAGUGUUGACGGGACUGUGGUCAGUUUCCCUCGAGCUCUCGUCUUUCUUGUAAAUAUAAGUUUGUUAUCGUGUGUUUUACACUGGUCUGUAAUACUCUGAAAUGUGUAUAUUUAUCUUUUCAUGGAAGGUAGUAUACGAUAAGAGUAGGUUUCAGCAAACAACUAUGUUACUUGGCUACUGUGAGAAUUGUUUGUUAUUACUUUCGGGUAGUCUCCUGCAUAUGGGUCAUGUGCGAUUAAUUCGCGGCAUUUCAAAUGAGGGUUUGUAAAAAAGAAAAAGAAGAAACAUCUCGAAAAUUUGUGGUAUUUGUUUUAUCCAUCGUGCGAGAGAAGAUUUUAUGAAAGCGUGAUAAUGACGAUGAUACCUUCAUUUCAGUACUGUUUAUAUGACAGAAAUGUUUGGAAUAGUCACGGUUAAUUUUAUACUUAAAGUUAUGUGUCUAGAACAAACUUGAGUAACUUUGCCGUAGUUAUAUACGCUGAAAUGAAGAUCAAUUUUUAUUUUUCCGAGCCAACUUCAGUAUCAAAUUAUUCACGCCAACACAACAUAGUAAUGUACAUAGAAUUCACUUCAAGACGUCUUGGUUUGUUGUAAAUUUUAUUAAGAUUCUUGUAAAAGAAUGUAAACUCAAAUAUUAUACAAACACAAGCAUCUAACGCAGAGAUACAUGAAUAUAAAGAAAUAUUGGGAUGUAUUUAAACUUUCGAGAUUAUUCGUUGAUACACUGAAUAAUUUCUAAUACGUUAAGUCAGACUCUAAGACAGUUUGUAGCAUUAUGGUGAAUGAAAGAGGACAUGACAGUUUUUUGUAAAUAAAAAAAUAAUGUCGUCUGCAAGAAAGGAAAAUUCGUGACAUUUUAUUCAUUUUUCAAAAAUAUAAAAUUUAUCUGAGAUCUUCACAAGUCAGUACUAUAAAUCGUCCCAUUAAAAUGUAGUCAUUAGUUAUAGCCUUAUUUUCGACUUGCCGAAUGUCGUUUAACUCCUAAGUUACGUGAAUAUGUUAUGAUGAACAUUUUUUUCUGGACUAUUCACAUAAAAAAUGUAUCAUUUCAAUGCACCUUAUUAAAUUCUUAAUUUAUAGUUGUACAUUUCUUUAAACGAUAAGAAACAAAUGGAUGAGUAUGCAUGGACUGAAUUCUUCACCAAAUACAGUAGAAAUAUAAAAUUUUCCACGUUUUGAUCGACAUGACAAUUGUUAAUCUAUAACAUUCAUUUUCAUUAUGUACAUAGCUGCAUGCCGCUAAAACAAUGAAAAAGCAAAUGUCAGUGUCGUUUCGGUUUUCAAUAUACAGGAUGAAUUUUAUAUUUGUAUGGUAUUGGAAGAUAGUUAUAAAAAGUAAAUAAUAGAAAUAUGAAUAAAAAAUAACGAGCUGAAAAACAUCAUAGGUUGAGCCAUUAGUUGUACAAAGUAUUCGAUAUAAGCUGUUUUAUUUUAAUGUUUCUCGCUCUUCAUACGUAUUAGUAUGAUUUUCUCUGUAUGAAAAAAAUACGAAAGGAAUCGCUAAUUGCUUUACGUAAUUUCUUUAAUAAAAUAUUGACUCCCACUGAGGUCCUUGUCAGAAUAUCCAACAAUUGAAUACUUAUCUCGCACUUUCAUCACAUUUUCAUUUGAAAAUAACGUGUUAUUUUACUUACUUCACGAUAUUAUUUUUUCAAAUCAUUAAUUAGUAAAGGUGCGAGGUACGUUUAUUAAGUUUCAACACAGAUCUUUUGUAUCAUGCUUAUUAUUUUUUGUCCUCUGAUUUCUCAUUUAAUUAGAGGGUACCCUAGUUGAUCGUGGAAUUUUCGGAAAAAUCUGUGAUAACCUGCAAUUCACUUCGUCAAAGAUUUGAAAUUUGAGUUCUAAUUUCAUCCAGACUUUCAUGAGUCCAAGCUAAUGGUUAUCUUUAAAAACAAAUUUUUCAUUUUGGCCGCAUCUUAUGCAAUACGUACA